CACGGGCCGGUCCUCAGGCUCGUCUGUACACCCAAGUACUCAUCCAGGAAGGCCCCGUGCGUCGCGCCGCCAGUCGCAGAUUUUUUUUCCCGUCCGUGGUUCCUCGAGAGUUGAGGGUGAGGUGCUCGCGGUGUCACGCGGAUUUCCGCUUCCGCGUCCUGUAUCGGAGCUACGCUCCCGGGGUUGAGCGGCAUGCUCAACAAUAUCACCGCCGGCGGUUCCGUACACGGUAUCUCCGAGCGGGCGCGUGGGGCGGGCGAGCGAGAGGCAUGUGCGGAGCACGAGGAAGCCCGGCGGAAAGAAAAAAGAUGGGAGAAAACUGAAGCGGCACGUCUUCUUUUUUUCUCUGCUUCUUACCUACCUCAUCGCUGCACGCACGUAGGAGCGAAGGAUGCGCAAGAUCUGAAGCGGUACGAGAAGGAGCACGGCGUGCUGGGUGUGAAUCUGGGCUCCGGUCUGUCCGCGGGUGGUGGCCUCACGCUUCAUCAGGAAUUGAUCAUGACUAUGCCCGGCACAGGUGGCGCGGCUGGGAUCGGGCAAGGCGAUGACAAACCCGCAAAGCAGAAGCGACAUCGGACGCGUUUUACACCGGCCCAGCUCAACGAGCUGGAAAGGUGUUUCGGCAAAACUCACUACCCGGAUAUCUUUCUGAGGGAGGAAAUAGCACUAAGGAUCGGCCUCACGGAAAGUCGCGUUCAGGUAUGGUUUCAAAACCGACGAGCGAAGUGGAAGAAGCGCAAGAAGACAACCAACGUGUUUCGGUCCUCGGGAUCGCUGCUACCGUCGCACGGCUUACCUCCCUUCGGACCGAUGACCUCCGACUUGUGCAGCGGAAUGUUUCAUACUCCUGCGGACAGAUGGGGAAUGGGAACAGGUCUUGGACAAUUGCAAAGCGGCAUGACGAUGAGUGGUUUUGGGCAACUCGGUCAACAAAGCACGGGAAGUUUAGGUUCCAGUCUUAGUCUCGGCAACUCCGGACUCCCGAUCAACAGCCCGUCGCAAUCUGUCUACCAUACCAACUACGGACUCAAUUCUAUCACAGGUGGUGUCCACGUGUCGGCGUCCCGAGGUUCGCCACCGGGCGGCUCCUCUGUGGGUGGCGGCCAGGGCGGUGGGAUGGGCUCCGGCCUGAACUGCGGUCAGGGAUCUCCAGGCACGACUUCCGGUACCGGUAGCGGCAGCGGCGGUGGCGGCGGAGGUGGUGUUUCCUGCGUCGGUGCCGACGUGACCACGAACGAGGGAUCGGACUGGAGAGGCGCCCACAGCAUCGCGGCGCUCAGGCGUCGCGCCUCGGACGCCUCGCAACAGUACAGUCCACAGCCACCGCCGCCAGGACCACCUCAGUAUACCCACGACAUGGAGUACAGUCCCGUUUAUCAAGGUGUCGUCUGAACCGGCUUUUCGACGUUCGGUUCCACGGAGGAAAAACUGCCGGCCGGUAGAAGCUUACCAUAAUCCAUGGAACGAGUACUCCUCUCUGUUCUGUCAAUGGCAACCGUAAGAUAGACUGCGUUUCCGCGACUGAUUCUACGGAAGAGCGAGCGCAGAGGAAGCGCGAUCAAAGAUAUUUAUCUAAUUGGCUAUCGUAAAUUUUACGUCAAGAUAGUGCAGCGAGGUCAAGAUCGACGAUAUUAGAACGAUUAUUCUAAAUUCGAUGAAGGUCCAAAAUUGUUCAUCCUCUUGAAUUUAAUAUAAAGCCAAUAAAGCGUAGCAAAUAACGACGAAAUUAGAAUGCUUAGAUAAUUUCGGAUUGACUGAAAGAAAUUUAACAGGGCGAUAAUGAUUUGUAAUGACAAUUAUUUAACGCGGACUGUAUUCUUAUUAUCUUUUUACGUAAACUUUUCUGUACCAGACGUUAGUUACCAGAAUUGUACGGAGAAUUUACGAAAGGAGUACUCUUCUAUAAAUUAGCGCGGAGGUCAAAUCAGGGUAGAGGAUCGAAAUUGCUGGCAUUAUCGACAGUGACAAUUUGCGCAAUAUAGAUUCUCAUCAUCAUAGCCUUCCCAGGACCAUCGUGACCCAUGUAUAAUGUAAACUGCAAUUUCUGCAAGUGUGUCCUGUUGAUACUAAUACCGGGCCAACCAUCGACUUGAUGCCAUAAAUGUAAAGAAAAUUGAUGUAUAUGACGGAGUUGUCGUAGCAAUUAAAAUUGCACGUUCGAGAUUUCCUAAUUGGGAAUGUAACGGGUAAAUAUUUCCAACAUAUAUAGUGUCUAGUCAAAUACGUCUUAAAUAGCAACAGGCGUAAGCAUUAUUUGAUAUUUUGGGAAAAAAAUUGAAUCAUCGGGAUAAAUGUUCUAGCUGCGCAAAUUAUUCAUAUUAGCGAGUUUUGCUAUUCGACGAUUCGCGGAAAGCGAAUCGAAAAGGUUUCAUUUCUAAAUGGAUUUUCAACGUUUCACAGCGGUUCACGGAGAAUUAUUUAAUAAAACGAAAAUGGAUUUUGCUCAGUAUCGUUAAAAAUUUAUCCUAAUCGUGACAGCUCCAAAUAUUUAAUAACGGCAAUGACCGAUGUUUUUCGUAGGACUUCAAUAUUAAGCCACUGCGGCCACUAUAAAUUCAUUGUAAUUAUCAUGAGUUCGAGUAUUUCCGAAUAUCAAAUGUAAAAUAUGAUCCGUCAUAGUAUAGGGGCUGUUUUUAUGAUGGAACGCUCUGUUCUAGUAAUCACAUCGAGUUGUCGAUAAAAGGAAGGAAUUGUGAUUUGUGCAGAUUAAUGAAUUUUGUGACACAAAGAGUCUUAAAGAGAUAAAAUUGCUGUAAACUAAUGUGACCAACUCCGCGAACUCUUGGUUUGGCGCUGUGCGCUGGAAAAAAUUGGGGUGGCUAUUUCACGUACGCAUAUACUAACAUAAUUACGCCCGCGUCGGACGUUCGCAAUUGGCUCCAUGUAACUGUAAGCACGUUAAUUUAUUUUCUUCCAAAUAAGAUCGGCGAAACAAUUCGACUCGAUUGUCAUAUCGCACGGGGGCAAAUUGUCGCGGUUAAAAUGUCGUUAAACUCUGCUCGUUUUGCCCUCGUUAGAGGCAUUUCGAGUGUCGGCGCUCGUGCUAAAGAAACGUCGAUGAGAUUAAGGCCUCGCUAAUUGUAAAUUAUUUAACUACGUCCCGAUGAGUGUGACAAACUGAUUAGGGCGUGGGUUUCCGCCACGUGAUUUUUAUUUACACCUGUUUCUUCUCUCGCGGGGGUCACUUCCCGAGCACGACGGUGAAACACACAGGGAAAAAUGCACAAUGUAUUUUCGAGUCAAUGGAGGUCAAAGGCGGAAGGCGUGGCGAGGUGCAAUGAGAUGUAUACGACAAGUUAUCUUAGUAUUACAUAUACACGGCAUUGUGUAAAUAUAGUAAAAAUAUUGACGUGAUAGGGUAUAUUAUUAUUGUAUUAUUACUGCAAUCACCAUUAUUUGAAUCGCAACUGCGACGGAGCCGUCGAUCGCUUUUGUUCGCAGGCUGUUUGAACUUGCAACGCGCCGCAAUUGCGUUUAACUGAGACUGUGCACGCGGGGAUUCGUAGUUUCGCUUCGAAGACGGUAUUUUUUAAAAUAAAAUUUCGCCGUUUGACGUUUUACGUUUACGUUCGAACGACAGAGUUUUAAGUUUGCCCGAAAAACCGGUUUCCAAGAGUCGCGAUAGGAUCCUUGCGUCGCGUGUUUGUCCGCACUAAAACAAUCGAGAAAGAAUGUCUGUUUGGAAGAAUAACUUCUUAUCUCCUGUGUGACGGGAGAUGGGAAUUGCUUUUAAAAUGAGCAUAAAAAUGCUGAUCCUUUUCACGAUUUGUGCAUUGUUAAACGAUUACAGGCUCGUACAAGAUUAACUCAUGGUUUAAAAAAUUACAAAACUAAACAUUCAUUCGGAUCGUCUGACAGUAAAAUGACGACAAAGUGACUCAAUGAUUCUGUUGCGGAACAAAGAGCUACAUAUGUUAAUAUGCGCAACGAAAAGCUAGUCUUUCUUGUGUCGACUUUAUGUUUCGGAUGUAUACGAAGAUCGUAUACGUGAUCUCGUGUGCAGAGACGGACGUUCAUCGUAAUAAAUAUAAUAAAUAUAAUAAUAAUUUCUUUUACGGGAGUGCAUUGAACGAUUUUCUUUUGCUUCUUUUAAUAAGUUGGAGAUAGUAAGGCACAUCAUUCGUCGCGUUUCUCUCGGUAGCAAACGUUUCGAUGAUGAACGCAAGUUAGCAUACAUUCGUGUAUUACAUUCCUGAAGAAUUUUAUGGGCACGCUAUAUAUUAUAAGUAUAUACACAUUGUUCCGUUGUUGUCAUCGAAACGUAAGUUUUGUAAAUAAAGUAUACGUCUAAUAACAAUAAUAACAAUAAUAAUAAUAAUAACAAUAAUUAUAGUAAUAAUAAUUAUUAUACAACGAUAAUAAUAAUAUUAAUAUUAAUAAUAACAAUAAUAAUGUAAUAAGUAUGAUGACAUCAACAUUACGAUCGAACGUGAGUAUACAUGGACAUUGUGAUAUAUUUCGGGGUGGCCGUUCAUUUUUCUGACGGCGACAUUGGUCCGCGCCAAGAUAUUCCGAAGCGGCACCGGUGCGGUGGUAGAUUGCGAGCGGCUGCGAAAAAGUCGAUUAUUCUAGUUACGAAUUUACGGUGUAGACCUAGGUAAACCUAAACGAUAAAUAUGGAAUAACAGAUAGGCAAUUGUCGAUGUAUCACUACGAACGUAUACGAUUUUUAAUGUACAAAAAUAUGGGCGCGCGGUGUGAUGGCGUCCCUUCUCGAUUUCGUCCUGUCGUCGACGUGGGACGGAAGCAAGAACCUUAACGAUGUUCGUCGGAGUGUUUGUGGUUCCUUAUUUUCGAAUGCUUCGUGCAAUACCUCGUCUCGUCGAGCAUGCAUUUCUUUAGCGCGUAUAAAAGGAGAGCUAUUCUAUUUGAUGAUCUUCAACUUGUUGCAUGAUUAAAUUGACAUAUUGCUAAUAAUUGCUGAAGAUUUUGUAUGAAUGAAUCGAGACAAUUACUUAAAGUUAUAACGUUCAACCUGAUUUGAUCACUCUUACGUAGAUAUCAGUAGAGGAUGAAAUGGAAAUAUCAGAUAGAAAUUUGGAACGAUCUUCUUGAUUUCCUCUAUAAAAAUAUGAAAUGUACGAUGACUGAUGUAAUUUGUGAUGCGUUUGUAUAAAUUACGUGUAAAAUUUAAAAUCAAAUACAUCUAAUAAUACGAGAUGUGGGUACAAUUAUACUUUAUGAAUAUGUCCAAUUUUAUGGGUCGAAAGCUGGAUAUUUUAUAAGCCAGUGUUCCCCGCUAGCAAUAUGCCAAUUUACGUUCAUGCAGACAACUGGAACGUUCCUCCUCGUUCUUAGCUCGGAUCCAGAAUGGUAUGAAAACUCCGAUCGGUGUCCCUGGCGAUCGUGAUACCUCCCUUUAAGCGAAGAACAAUUCCUGUAUUUAUUUAAUUUAUCAUGCGUGUGUAGAUAGACUUCAGCGAGUGGAGAUUGACGUCCUUUGAUUUGCGGCAGGCGCGGGCGUCACUCUUUACAGGUGAUUUGUAACAUAUAUGGCCUCUGCUGAUUGUACGUUUAGAUAUUUCGCGCAGAAGUUAAUUCGAAUCGUACUGUCCGCAGACGUCACCCGAUUCUUCAGAUUCGCGUGAAUCGGAAGAGAAUCGACUGACUUUAUUGCAUCUCUAUCACAAGUCAUUAUCGUCGAUGACCUUAAUUAGCGGUAAAUAGACAGAAUUUUAAUUUUCAUCGUUGUAUAGUUGUGUAUAGAGGUCAACUAAGU